AUGGCAUUGAUGCCUUCUUCUAUCACCCUCUUCCUCAUCCUCCUUCCCUGCAACUUACUACCAUGUUCAAGUGCACGAACAUGGAUCAAAGCUGGUUACUGGUAUGCCGGCAACAGAUUCCCCAUUUCUGACAUAAACUCAGCUCCCUUCACUCACCUCAUGUGUGCUGCCGCAGACCUCAACUCUUCCACUUUCCAGCUUUCCAUCCCUUCUGAAUACGAUAAGUUUUUUUCUGCUUUCACCAACACUGUCAAACGAAAGAAUCCACAUGUUGUCACACUUUUAUCAAUAGGUGGUGGAUCAACCAAUGUCCCAAUUUUCUCCUCAAUGAUGAACAAAUCUUCUUAUAGGAAAUCUUUCAUCGACUCCUCAAUAACAACAGCUAGAUCUUAUGGAUUUCAUGGCCUCGACUAUAUUUCUUUGGAUUCAGCAACUACCGAGUCUGAAAUGUCCAACUUGGACACCCUACUCCAGGAAUGGCGGACUGCCAUUGAAGCUGAGUCAAGAAACUCAAAUGAUUCAAAGCUUAUUUUAACAAUGGUGGUUUGUUUCUCUCCAUAUCUUGGGACUGCAACAUUUCCAAUUGAGUCUAUGAGGAACAACUUGGACUGGGUAUAUCUUACGGCUUUUGACUAUCACACACCACUUACGUCUAAUUUCACAGCGGCUACUGCAGCUUUAUAUGAACAGCAAAGCAAACUAAGUACAGAUUAUGGUGUUAAUGCAUGGAUCAAUGGAGGAUUUCCAAGCACAAAGCUUGUUUUGGGGUUGCCUUUCUAUGGCUAUGCAUGGACUCUUGUGAACCUUGAUGACAAUGGAAUUGGUGCACCAGCAUGGGGGCCUGCGCGUCAUUUUUCCAUGGAUGGAUACAUGACUUAUAAUGACAUCAAGGGGUUAAUACAGGGCAAUAUGUAUGGAGCUGUUUCCAGGUACAAUGCAACUUAUGUGGUGAACUACUGCAGCCUUGGACCAACUUGGAUUAGUUUUGAUGAUGUUGAGGUAAUAAAAGUCAAGGUUGCAUAUGCAAGAGAAAAUAAUUUACUUGGUUAUUUUGCCUGGGAAGUCUCCCAAGAUGAUAAUUGGUUGCUUUCUCAAACAGCAGCACAAGAAGGAGAGAAACAUCAUCAGAACAAGAGGCACAUGUUGCUAAUCUUAGGUCCAACAAUAGCCCUAGCCAUUCUUGUACUAGUUUCUGCAACAUGGUAUCUCCGAGAGAAAGUACACAGAGGAUUGAUGGACAAAGGAAGAGAAUUGCAAUUUAAACAAGAGACUAGUAUGCUGUCUAUUGGAAAUACUGACAAUGAUCCCAAUUUGCUCAUGUUUCAUUUCAAUGAUAUUGUUGUGGCUACCAAUAAUUUUUCAUUUGAAAAUAAGCUCGGAGAAGGUGGAUAUGGACCAGUUUACAAGGCAAGAUUUGUCUCUGUUUUGCAGGGUAAAUUAAAGAAUGGACAAAAAAUAGCAGUAAAGAGACUUUCUAAGGGUUCUAAACAAGGAUAUGAAGAGUUUAAGAAUGAGGUCGUGCUCACUGCAAAGUUACAACAUGUGAAUCUUGUCAGGGUUCUUGGAUUUUGUGUUGACAGAGAAGAACAAAUACUGAUCUACGAGUAUAUGCCAAACAAAAGCUUGGACUGCUACAUCUAUGAUUCAAUUAAAGGAUUGAUCUUAGAUUGGAAGAAACGAGUUCAAAUUAUUGAAGGGAUUGUUCAAGGGCUCUUGUAUCUCCAAGAAUAUUCAAGAUUCACUGUAAUCCAUCGAGAUUUGAAAACGAGCAACAUCUUAUUAGACAAUGAGAUGAAAGCAAAGAUUUCAGAUUUUGGAAUGGCUAGAAUCUUCCCAAAAGAUGAGCUUGAAGCAAACACUAGCAAAAUUGUUGGAACAUAUGGAUAUAUCUCUCCUGAAUAUAUACGAUAUGGCACGUAUUCUACAAAAUCUGAUGUAUAUAGCUUUGGAGUUUUACUUCUCCAAAUCAUAAGUGGAAAGCCAAAUAAUUGUUUUCAUGGCCAGCAAGAAAACUUGAACCUUCUUGAAUAUGCAUAUGAGCUGUGGAAAGAAAGCAAAUACGAGCAGUUCACUGAUUCAUCACUAGAUGACACAAAUUGUCCCUGCAAAUUGAUGAGAUGCAUGCAAGUAGCCUUGUUAUGUGUCCAAAAAAAUCCAAGCGAUAGGCCCUCCAUGUUGGAAGUGUCUUCAAUGCUUAGAGAUGAAACCGUAGCAAUGAAUUCUCCUAAAAGGCCUGCUUUUUCUGUGAGAGGAGAUGAAGAUGGGGUGCAACUGUCCCCAUCACAACAACAAAUUUGGUCAGUUGAUGAUGCUACUAUUACUCAAAUGGUGGCUCGAUAGAGACGUUCUCUCCUUUUUGUUAGAUACUAUAAAAUUUUUAAUAAAAUUGUAAAUGAUAUGUAAA